AUGCAAUCCCUCUCACUCAUCUCGAUUAUCGGUCUACCUCUGCUCACCUUGGCCCAGACCACAACCCCACCCCCACCCACCUCGGUUGAAACUACCGCGAGCUACGAUGCAGCGUACGGCAAUGCAGACCAGUCCCUCGCAUCUGUCUCCUGCUCAAACGGGGACAACGGCCUCCUCACCCGCGGCUUCACCACCUUUGGUUCCCUCCCCAGCUUCCCCAACAUCGGGGGCUCCUUCGCCGUCACCGGCUGGAACUCGCCUGCCUGUGGAUCGUGCUGGCAGCUCGCCUACACCCACAACGGGACAACCACAACGGUCAAUGUGACUGCGGUGGAUGUGGCGCUUGGCUCGUUCAAUCUCGCUCCUGAGGCGUUGGAUACCUUGACGGGAGGCAGGGCUGUAGAGUUGGGUCGCGUUGACGUCGUGGCAACCCAGAUUCCUGCUUCGUCUUGCGGGCUCUAAGCAAACUCAGUGUUAAAUUCGUAGACGCUCGCCAGACCCCCACUUCAAGUUGUUUCGGACUCAACAUCUCUUGCUUAGUACGACGCUCGUCUGUCGGUCGGACUUCCUCCUUGAUAUUCUCUACGGACCAGCUUUCCUCACCGAGGGCUUCUUCUCGGCUACAGACAUUUAUAAUUAGUGCUCGGACAUCUAAACA